CGGAGCUCGAAGCCGCUGUGUACACACUUCAGAUCCGGGUGCUCGGUCACAUACACACGGCGUUUGUUACUUUACAUACACACCAGAGGAAAUCCCGGGGACUUACGAAGCACGAAAUAAAGCGCUGACGUGCCCGUGCUAAGAUGGCAUCAGUGACCGAUUCGCGUUUGCAGCAGUCACAGAAAGACGCGGCUGACCAGAACUUCGACUACAUGUUCAAACUCCUAAUCAUCGGCAACAGCAGCGUCGGUAAAACCAGCUUCCUGUUUCGCUACGCGGACGAUUCCUUCACGUCAGCCUUCGUCAGCACAGUGGGCAUCGACUUUAAGGUUAAAACAGUUUUUCGCAACAACAAGAGGAUCAAACUGCAAAUCUGGGACACAGCCGGACAAGAGCGAUACAGAACCAUCACUACAGCGUACUACAGAGGGGCCAUGGGCUUCCUGCUUAUGUAUGACAUCACCAACCAGGACUCAUUCAGUGCUGUUCAGGACUGGGCCACUCAGAUUAAGACUUACUCGUGGGAUAAUGCACAGGUGAUUUUGGUGGGCAACAAGUGUGACCUGGAGGACGACAGACUCAUUCCGACAGAAGACAGUCAGAGGCUAGCUGAUGAACUCGGUUUCCAGUUUUUUGAGGCCAGCGCCAAAGACAACAUUAAUGUGAAGCAGGUUUUUGAGCGUCUGGUGGACGUGAUCUGUGAGAAGAUGAAUGAAAGUAUGGACAGAGACGGUGGUCCACUGUCCAACCACAAAGACUCCAGUAUGCAGGACAUGUCCCCUGAGGAACACAGUGGCUGUGCCUGCUAAAAUAAUAAUAAUAAUAAUAAUAAUUCUCUUUACCCUUUCCUUCAACACUUACAGAGAACUUCUUCACCUCGUCACUACUACUUGGGAUUUUCUUCUUAAACCUAAAAGGAAUCUUCUAAUCCCUCUCAUAGUUGUUGUAACAUAAUAGAUGAAAUCUAAACUGUGGGUGAUUCAAAAUGGGAAGUCAAGACAGGAUGGCAUGGAUUGGAUUUGGCUUUGCGUUGAUUUCUGACUUUGUGUUGCAUGUGUCGUCCCCUACACAUUCAUGCACGCUUGCGUAGAUGCUUGUAAACACAAACAACAUGAGAUAUGACACACAUUUUAGACGUCCCGCACUAGCAGUUAAGAGAUAAACGUUCAUCCACACCCAUUCCCUGUGUUCUUCACCCUGUUCUCAACUGGUCUGAUCUUCUCUGUGCUCCUCUCGAAAAGGCCACAAUUUGAAGGAUUUGUGGUUUUAGCGUCUCAUCAGAUUCUUCACCUGUAAUGUUCACGGCAUUCAGUGGUCAGUGAUGUGUGUCUAUCUGGGUGGACAUCUGCUUUAAAUGAGGACAUCUGCAUUAUAAAGAGAAAUGCACUUGUGUCACACACACACAUAAUAAUUAAUUUGACCAUUUUAUAAGUAAUUUUUUGGUACUAUGGGAAAGUUCGUAACUUACAGGAUAUCAUUAUAAACUAAUGAAAACUCAAAAAUUAAGUGCGUGUUAUCACACUGAUUUACAUUUUGCCUCGUUGACGAAACUCAAGCAGUGAAUAUUUCGUAAAAAAUCAUUCAUGCGUAAAUUGUCACUUUUAAUUCAAUAAAUAGUUUUUAAAACCAUUCUGACAUAAAUUGUCGCAUUCAAUUAAAUUAAUCCUUUUUAAAAGUAACUUGUUGCAUUCAAUAAUUGUUCGUAAAUCCAUUCUUGCGUAAGUUGUCGCAUUUAAUUAAUCAUUCGUGAAACCAUUCUUACAUGUGGUGUAUUCGGUUCAAUAAAUUGUUCGUAAAACCUUUGACAUCAACGGUUGCAUUUAAUUCAGUGAAUUGUUUCUAAAAACAUUUAUACGUAAAUUGUUGCAUUAACUGGAAUAAUCGUUUGUACAACCAUUCAUAUGUAAAUUGUCGCAUUCAAUUAUAUUUAAAAAUAAUUGUUCGUAGAACCAUUGUAGCGUAAAUCGUCACAUUCAGUUCGUUAAAUAAUUCUCCAAACUAUUCUUAUUUCUUUUCCUCCCCAAUUUGGAACGCCCAAUUCCCAAUGCGGUCUAAGUCCUCAUGGUGGCGUAGUGACUCACCUCAAUCUGGGUGGCGGAGGACGAAUCUCAGUUGCCUCCGCGCAUCUUAUCACGUGGCUUGUUGAGCGUGUUACCGUGGAGACGUAGCACGUGCGGAGGCUUCACGCUAUUCUCCGCGGCAUCCAUGCACAACUCACCACACGCCCCACCGAGAGCGAGAACCACAUUAUAGCGACCACGAGGAGGUUAACCCAUGUGACUCUUCCCUCCCUAGCAACCGGGCCAAUUGGUUUGCUUAGGAGACCCUUCUGGAGUCACUCGGCACGCCCUGGAUUCGAACUCGCGACUCCAGGAUUGGUAGUCAGCGUCAAUACUCUCUGAGCUACUCAAGCCCCCCCUUUUUGUUCUUGUGACUCAUAAAAACAUUCUAGCGUAAAUUGUCACGUUUAAAUAAUUGAAACUAGUCUUAAAUAACUUAUUCAGUUCAAUAAACUGCUUUUAUAACCAUUGUAACAUAAAUUGCUACAUUCAAUUCAAUUAAUUGUCCAUAUAUUCAAUAUAAUACGACAAUUUGUGAACAUUUAUUCAACAUUAUUCUGUAUGUUUUUUGAAUGCAGCUUGAUGGAUUUGUCACUUAAGUUAAGUUCAGGUUAAGCACUAGAGGUCUCCGAAGGUCUGGGAGGUUUUUCUGCCUUCCUUUCUGUCUCCACUCAUCUUUUACUGUUGAUUUAUCUGUUGGCUUAAUGGAGCUAUAUGACUCAAUGCCUCACUUGUGUUACAGUAUGAAUUAUGAAAAGUCUUUCCGCAUAUAUUAUUUGUCUUUUGCACAAUGUUGUAAUUGUAUGUCUUUACUUAAAUUGUCUUAUCACAAAUAUUGUUCCGUUCAUUUCUUCAGUGACUUUCUUUAAUUGGCCUCUGUUAUGUAACUUAUGAUGUAACCACUGUUACUUUGGACGUAGUUUCAGUGUUUCUAUAUUGAAAAUGGAUGAUUUUCACGAAGAAAUAUCCAGGCCAUUUUUUGCAUGAUGGAAAUUAAGCCUUUUUGUUUUUUUGCCAGUUUUUGUGAGAUUCACUAUAACGCCCCUUGUAUGAUGAAUGUUGUAUUAUUUGGAUUUUUUGUAGAAUUUACUCAACAUUUUAGUGGACACAGCAGAUUCGAGGGUUAUCCGUCUAAUACAUUUGUCUUUCUCUAUCUGUCCGUGCACACUCUGUUGGCUGUUCGUUAUGUCCAGUGAUAUCUCGGAGUCAGAGAUAGAGGCCUCACAUGUCAUACUUAAGCCCUUUCCCACGUGUUUUUGUCUCGUAGGAAGAUAUCAAGCCAUUUUUCUGUUUUCUGUACGCCAGAGGUGAUUUUUAACUCUUAAUGUAAUAUAUCUUGAUACAACUCCACCCAUCCAUGCAUUAUUAAAAUACCAAGUUCUUCUGUCAUAUAUACUAUAUUAUAUGUGCAACACUAAGGGCCGCUGUGUCAGAAUGAGAUGUACAAGAUUUUGUCUUUAUGUGCUUUUCGCUGCUCUUUCCUUUGAGAUUCAUUAAAAGAUACACAUUGUAUAUUAUUUAGAUAACAAAUCAACAACAAAAAUUAAUGCCGAAUUAAAACAAACUGAAGCAACACAAUUCUAGAACAUUUUGGCACAACGUGAUUUCACUGCGUUCUAUCUGAUUAAAUUAGCAAAAUUUAAGUUUGCUUAAUUCAUUUGAGUUGGGACUACAUACAUACUUAUUGUAGCAUUUAUGAAACCGGGCAGGAGAUUUCCAUUUCCCAGGAUGCUUUGUGUGGGACUGGAUGGUUUUGAAGCAAUGUUAUCAAAUUGACAGUGCAACAGUUUCACUGUCCUUGUACUUACUCACCUGGCAUAUACUAAUGAUUCAUCAAAUAAAUUAAGUUAGACCAACAGAAGAAAAUGCAUUAUAUAAAACAUUACUAAAUUGAGUUUGACUAACCUAAUAAAGUUGAGUUAAAACUAGUAUAGUACUUUGAA